CCCAAUCCAAUUCGAACGAAGUAAAGGUCUGGCAGAGCACGCAGAAACCCUCCGACUCUGAAAUCAGAGAACAAUAAGCCAUGGGUGGAGGCAAUGGCCAGAAAGCCAAGAUGGCCCGCGAGAAGAAUUUGGAGAAGAUGAAAGCCCACAAGGGGAGUCAGCUUGAAUCCAACAAGAAAGCCAUGACCAUCCAGUGCAAAGUUUGCAUGCAGACAUUCAUUUGCACCACGUCGGAGGUAAAGUGCAGGGAGCAUGCUGAGGCAAAACACCCUAAAGCUGAUGUUUAUGCAUGUUUUCCUCAUCUUAAGAAGUGAUGUGAAGGUGAAAACUUAAAAAAUGAUGGGUUGCAACGUUCUUUAUAUUUUGUCAAUGUGAUAAAGUUGGAAUGUUUGGCAGUAUGGUUACUUUUAAAGUGUGUAGACUGGGGAUUAGACCCAGCUUUAGCCUGUAAUGCGGCCCCCCCCAAUCUCUUUCGUUUUAUGUUCACUCUUUACAGUUCUGUAUGCUGGUGCUGGGACUUGCUGCGUGGCUUCCAUUUUUCAAAAUAUGUUGAACUAAUUUUAAUGUACUUAAAAGGGUAUUAAUAAUCCGUUACACGA